GUCCUGGCACCUGGCAGCCCGCCUCCAGAGGGCACACAGGACACAGUGUGGAGCUUCAUUUGGCCCUGCGUUGGAAGAGGUGCCAUGGGCACGCGAUAGAGUAGACUCGCGCGUUGGGCGGCCCCCUGUGCCCCAUCGCCAGGCUCAUCGUCGGCCUAUCCAGCUACCGGGUGACCGAUCAAAGCGAUCACACAUAACACAACUCACUGGCGACAUCUUAAUCCAUUUCGUGUGACGGGCCGCGCACGUCGCUCGUUGCUAGUCUGUUCCAAGCCUUGCUUGUGCCUGCAUUGAGCGGUUGGCCGCAGCGGCGCAUCCAGCAGAGGACCGUCGAUCAGGAUGGACGCCGCUGGCGGCAGCGGCCUUACGCGUCGGCGACAAGCGGCUCCAGCUGCCAGCACCAGCUCGUCGCAGCUGCUCUCACAGCGAGCCCAGGGUAAGCGACCUGCUUCUGCUGCAGAAGCAGAGGAAGCCGACAAUGGCAAGGUCAAAGGAGGUGGAAGCACCAGCAGCAACGCAGCGACGAGCAUCAACACCAUCAUCAACGACUUCGACGCCUAUGCCAAACGUACACAGGAUCGGCUCGAGGCAUGGUUCGGCAUUGCCGAACCGUCCAUCUCAAAUACAUUAGCUCCGAAUGCAUCGUUCCAACAUCUUGCUCCGCCUCUGCGAUCGCACGGUCCAGCUUCUUCUUCAAUACGAGACCAGGUACCUUCCUCUUCGUAUUCUUCUACCAUUAUAGCAGGCGGCGGACCAUCAACAUCCCCGUCAUUAGUCUCGCAUUCGCCCUUGCUCGAGCACGUCGGUGGCACGUCCAACGGCUUUGCAAACGACGGGCACGUCGAAGAUGACGAUGGAACAUCGCUCGUCUAUUUGCACCGCGUCCGCCCGGACGAGACGCUUGCAGGCAUCUCGCUCCAGUACGGCAUCGAGCCUGCGCUUCUGCGCCGCGUCAAUAAGCUCUGGGCAGGCGACAAGCCACAGAUGCGCGGCACGCUCUACCUCCCCGUACACGCUUGCAGCCGCUCGCCCCACAGCCGCACGCAGCAACAGCAACAGCCGCAGCGGCAGGAGGGGGAACAUUCGAUGAUGAAUCACACCACGUCGCCGCGCAACGACGCUGGUGGCGGAGGCUCGCGACUCGACGGCGCCGAAUCGUCUUCGGCCAGGUCCUUGGGCCACGGGCACGGUGUCGCACUCGGCUUCUGGAACGAGGAGCGAGGGCUCGUGCGCGAGAUCGACCGGCAGGAAGCCGUGUCCGCUGUUGCAGCUGCAGCUGCGGCUGCGGCUGCAGCCGCACAUGGAUCGAGCGGCAAUAACAAUCCGCCGCCCUUGCAGGAGGAUCAUCGACGGCAGCACGAUCGCGCCGCCUCGUCGUCCCCAGAGUUUAACAACAAGCAGCGCGGCUCUGCGUCGCCUUCCCACGCCUUGCAGCCCUCGGUGUCAUCGCGCCCACGCGCCGGCUCGUUCUACGGCGCUGGCGGGGCUCAGCAUGCUUCGCCGCAAGUCUCGCGCGUGCCCAAUGAAGAACUCAAGUUCUUUUCCUCUGUUGCUGCUGCUGCUGGGAGCGCAGUCGGCACGCACGAAAGGGAAGGCUCACAUCGUCCCAAAGGGUCGACCGGGUACGGCCAGAGCGGGCUCGAUGAUUUGCUGCAGAUUUCGCAGGAACGCAGCGCUGCAGCAGCAGCGGCGGCGGCAGCGAGAGUGGGAGGAAGCAGCCAAACAGGCAAUGCUGCCAACAGCAGUAGUGCCGUUCUGCUACCCGUCUCGCACUCUCCCGAGCCUGAAGCAGAUGUGCACAGCGGCGGCGGAAGCGGCGACCUGGAUGGGCGCAGCGACACAGACGUAUCGUACAGCGACCGCUUGGCCGAGGAGCGGUGGAAGCCCAACAAAUGGACCCUCGGCGGGUCGAAGAAAUCAUCGUCGUCUUCAUCAUCCGCGCCGCUCGCUCGUGGGUCCUCGGCGCAUGGUUCGUCGAACGGCUCACUUAGCGUGCUCCACACAAAUGCAUUCGUAGCGAUUGCAGGAGGAGGAGGUGGUGGUGGUCUACGGCCGUUGCACCUGGUCAACUCGCGUUUGGGGAGCACAACGAAUACACCAGAAGCGCCGGCAAGCAUACCCCCUGCAGAGCAAGGGUUGCAGCGCGCGUCGUCCGGAUGGAACGAUGCGCCUCCUGCCGGCGCGAAUGUUGCGCACGCGUACUCGGGAAAAGCCAAUGCGAAGCAGAACAGCAGGAAACCGCACCACCGACUGCUCAACGACCUCGUCGCCGGCCUCCCCCCAAACCCGGGACCCGCCAGCGGCUGGCAGCGGCCGAUCGGCGCCAGCUUGCCGCCGCCUCCACCCGGCCAAGGCAACAGCGGUGGCGGCGACGCCGAGGGGGCAGGUGGCGCCGGAAGAGGAUUUGGCAAGGUGCUCAAUGACGCGCUGCGUGGACGGAUCAGCGUUGAAGGCGCACUAGAGGCAAUGUACGAUCAGGUCACGGGCAAGGCGCCUGCACCCCCCUGGCGGGCGGCAGGAUUGAUAGGCCACACGACAUUUGCAACUGGAACAUCAGGAGGAGCUGCUGCAGCUGCAGCUGCGGCACCGCCGCGCCGGCUAGAUUUGCGAUCGAACGGCGGUAGCUUGGGACGCGUCAGUGCCGAGGAGGCACGCGCCUCCCUCAGCUUACGAGUAAGCAUGGAGGACGACGCAGGCGCCGAGGGGCGGCAUCUGAACGGCGUUCAGCUUGAUCAUCUACACUCGGCCACUUGUGCAGCAGCAACACCAUCCUCGAUCUCUUCAAAUGUGCAGCCGCAUUUGCGCGCUGCAAACAAUCUUGCGAAUGGUUCUGGGCCGCGUAGGGUACGCUCACGUGCAGGGUUGAAAGAUGUAGAAUGGCACAAGGAAUGUUGAGCUUAACGUUCAGCGAUAGAGGAGGAAAGCACACAUUAAGCAUCAUCUAUUCCGCACAUAGGAAGCGCUGGUAAACAGGGUUGGACGUCUCCUCAACAUAGACGUAGCCAAGCUCGUGAUCGAGCCAGUGUUGGAAGGUUGCAUGGUCUUCCGAAGGAACCUGCAGGCCAGCGAGCACUCUGCCAAUGUCGGCGCCGUGGUUCCUAUAAUGCCAGAGCGACACGUUCCAUCCAACACGCAGGCCCAAAAGGAACUUUCGCAAAGC